GACUGAAAGGAUCGAAAAAUGGUGAAGUCAUAUCUUCGAUACGAGGCGGCGGCGUCGUUCGGAGUUAUAGCAUCGGCGGACUCCAACGUAGCCUACGACAGCUCCGGAAAACACCUCUUGGUGGCGGCGCUUGAGAAGCUAGCCGUGUGGCACGUUCGCCAGGGCACUUGUACAAAAACUCUAGUUCCAUCGCCUUCCUCCUCGCAUGGCGCCUCCCUCGCCGUCACUUCCAUUGCCUCGUCUCCCUCGUCUCUGAUAGCUUGUGGCUAUGCUGAUGGUAGUAUAAGAAUAUGGGAUAGUGAGAAAGGAACAUGUGAAACCACUUUGAAUGGACAUAAAGGAGCUGUAACAAUAAUCCGGUACAACAAACUUGGAUCUUUGCUUGCUUCUGGAAGCAAAGACAAUGACAUUAUUUUAUGGGAUGUGGUUGGUGAGGCUGGUCUCUUCCGCCUUCGUGGGCACCGUGACCAGGUCACUGACCUUGUCUUUUUGGAUUCUGGUAAAAAACUGGUUAGUUCAUCCAAAGACAAAUUUUUAAGGGUCUGGGACCUUGAAACGCAGCAUUGCAUGCAAAUCGUAAGUGGUCAUCACAGUGAAAUUUGGUCCAUUGAUGUUGACCCAGAUGAAAAAUAUCUGGUCUCUGGGUCGGCGGACCCUGAACUCCGAUUUUACAUGAUAAAGCAUGAUUUGGCUGAUGGAAAAUCUCUACCGGAUAAAACGGAAUCUGAUGUGGAUAAUGGAAAAGCAUCUGCUCAGAACAAAUGGGAAGUUUUGAAGCAUUAUGGUGAAAUUCAGCGGCAGAUCAAGGAUAGAGUUGCUACAGUUAGGUUCAAUAGGUCUGGAAAUCUGCUGGCUUGUCAAGUUGCAGGGAAAAUAGUGGACAUAUUUCGUGUAUUAGACGAGUCUGAAUCUAGACGUAAAGCGAAAAGAAGAGUUAAUAGAAAGAAGGAGAAGAAAGCUUCUAAAGGGGCAGGUGAGACUGCUGAAAAUGGAACUGUCGAAAAUGAAGUUGGUAAUGACAUCACUGUUACUGUUCCUGAUAUCUUUAAGCACGUGCAGACUCUUCGAGCCAGCAAGAAGAUAUGCUCCAUUUCUUUUUCUCCAAUCACUUCAAGAAGCUCUUUGGCUACCUUAGCAUUGUCUCUGAACAAUAAUUUAUUGGAAGUUUAUUCAAUUGAGAGUACUUCAACCACAAAAUUAAGCGCCAUUGAGCUUCAGGGACAUCGUUCUGAUGUGAGAAGUGUCACACUUAGCUCAGAUAAUACUCUUUUGAUGUCAACGAGUCACAGUACGGUUAAAAUAUGGAAUCCCAGUACUGGUUCUUGCCUCAGAACUAUUGAUUCAGGAUUUGGAUUGUGUGGUCUAUUUGUCCCCGGUAACAAGUAUGCAGUUGUUGGUACAAAAGGUGGUACACUAGAAAUUAUUGAUGUUCGAAAUGGUACUUGCAUGGAUGUAGUUGAAGCUCAUGGUAGCUCUGUUCAGUCUAUUGCUGCAACUGCUGAUGGAUUUGUCACCGGGAGUGCAGAUCAUGAAAUCAAGUUUUGGGAGUAUCAAACCACUCAAAAUCCUGGUCAAGAUUCUAAGCGUUUAACAGUGUCUCCCGUGAGGAAUUCGAGAAUGAAUGGUGAUGUUUUAGUGGUAGCUGUUAGCCCAGAGGGUAAAUAUAUUGCUGUUGCUCUGAUAGACAACACUGUGAAGGUGUUCUUCAUGGAUUCACUCAAAUUUUUUCUCUCCUUGUAUGGCCACAUGCUGCCCGUGUUAUGUAUGGACAUAUCAUCUGAUGGGGAUUUAAUUGUUACUGGUUCUGCAGACAAAAAUUUAAAGAUUUGGGGUCUAGAUUUUGGUGAUUGCCACAAGUCCCUUUUUGCUCAUGCCAAUAGUGUCAUGGCAGUUAAGUUUGUACGCAAUACCCAUUACAUGUUUAGUGUUGGGAAGGACCGCCUUGUGAAAUACUGGGAUGCCGAUAAGUUUGAAUUGCUUUUGACUCUUGAAGGUCAUCACUCCGAGGUCUGGUGUCUUGCUGUUAGCAACCGUGGGGAUUUUCUUGUAACAGGAUCUCAUGAUAGAUCCAUUCGCCGUUGGGAUCGUACAGAAGAGCCUUUCUUUAUUGAGGAAGAGAAAGAGAAAAGGUUGGAAGAGAUGUUUGAAGCUGACAUUGGCAAUGCAUUUGAGAAUAGGUAUGUGCCAAAGGAGGAACUUCCUGAAGAAGGAGCUGUGGCAUUAGCUGGGAAGAAAACUCAAGAAACUGUUAAUGCAACUGACUCUAUCAUUGAAGCAUUAGACAUGGCAGAUGAAGAACUGAAGCGUAUUGCUGAAUAUGAGGAGGAAAAAUCAAAAGGAAAAGUUGCUGAUUUCAGGCCAAAUAUUCUUAUGCUUGGACUUUCUCCUCCUGAUUAUGUUCUGCGUGCACUUUCUAAUGUUGACACUAAUGAUUUGGAGCAGACCUUGCUAGCUCUACCAUUCUCAGAUGCUUUAAAGAUCUUGUCUUAUUUGAAAGAUUGGGCUUCUUUGCCCGAUAAGGUUGAGCUUGUAUGCCGAGUUGCCACAGUGUUAUUGCAGAUCCAUCACAACCAGCUUGUUUCUACCGUGGCUGCCAGACCAGUCUUAACUUUACUCAAAGAUGUUCUUCAUGCUAGAGUUAAGGAAUGCAAAGAUACUCUCGGUUUCAACUUGGCAGCAAUGGAUCAUCUUAAGCAAUUGAUGGCUGCAAAGUCAGAUGCACUAUUUCAAGAUGCAAAAGCUAAAGUGUUAGAGAUACGCUCGAAGUACUCAAAACGCACUGAAGCAAGGAUGGAACCAAAAGAAGAAAGGAGAAAAAAGAAGAAACAGAAGAAGAUUGAUAAUGGACAUGUUUGGUCUUGACUUAUAGACAUCUGUCUGAUUGUAAUUUAUACAUCCAUUAACUUGUUCAGCUAUCUUGGGUAGGAACUGACGCCCUUUUUUCGACUUCCCUGGUGUCACUUCCAUAUUUGUCAAAUUUCAUUACUCUCGAUAAAGGAAUUCAGUAGUGAAAGCGACCAAGUUUGCUUAGAUGUUGUUGAUAGACGUUAGGUCAAACAGUUAUACGGUAGUGUCCUGUAUUUCUAUCCCUAAGACGGAUGGUCCAUUUUUGAGCGAGGGCACCAAUUUUGGUGGCAAAUUUAAUUAUUGAUGUAUUACUGGCACAGUUUUGGUCUAUUCUUUUUGGUUCCUA